ACGACGCCACCCCUCCCUCCGACCCCAACCCCGACGGCCCGGGCUCCGCCGACGCCGGGGAGGCGCGGCCGCUGUUCAGGGAUCUGGGGGACCACAGCGACAACUCGAGGGAGCUCACGCCGAGCGGGGAGUACGGGAAGGAGGGCCGAUGAGGUCGGGGUCGGCAGGAAGUCGUUCCUCAGGCCGAUUGGGUCGCCGUCUCCCGGGAGCAGCACGUUCGGCUCCGCGACUUCGAAUGACGGUACAUUCAAUGGACUGGCUUCCCAAUUGGAUUUGUACUACCGUGCAGCGAUGAUGUUUACAUCAUUAAUCAUCUUAAGUUCACAGUCUUGGUGAAUGAGCACAGAAGCUGCGGCUAUGACAUAACAGAUUUUGACUCGCCAUCGGUCUCCAAGGGUUAUGAACCGGCACCACCGUUUGAGAUUGUGGGCUUCACUGUGGCUCCUUGCAGUGUUAAACAUGACCAGGAAUACAUGAAAAGGCUCAAAAUGUACGACAACAUAGAUUCAAUGGAAUGUCCCUCCGAUCUGGAGACAUUGCAGGCUGUGAGGGAGAACGAUAGGAUAUCCUUCACUUAUGAGGUUCAGUUUGUGAAGAGCGAUAUCCACUGGCAAUCUCGUUGGGACAUUCAUUUGAAGCAGAGAUAUCCGCGAAUCCAUUGGUUCUCAGUACUCCGUUCUCUGAUGACCAUCCUUCUCUUAACUGGUAUUGUCUUCGUGAUAUUCCUGAAGACAAUAUCUAGGGAACUCGCAAAAUGUCGGGGACUCGAUAAGCAGGCUGAAGCACAGACCCAUGAGGAGCCUUCGGGUUGGAAGCUUCUUGCCAGCGAUGCAUUCAGGAAGCCGAAUCACUCCAGGCUUCUCAGUGUGAUGGUUGGAACUGGGGUCCAAAUCACACUGACCGGAUUUGUGACUCUAACUAUCGCAGCCUUCUGCUACUUGACACCUGAUGCUCGAGGAUUGAUACUGACAUUGAUACUAACUGUCUACUCUUUUUGGGGAAUCGUUGGCAGGUACAUUGGCGUGCGAAAGUAGAGAAUGCUGAAAGGAAGUAUUAAUGGUUGGAAGUCAGUUUCGUGGUUGAUCACAUUUCUCUUUCCAAGAAUCGUCCUAGUACACGUCGUGCUCAACUUCAUAAAGAGGGUCAACCAUAGCACCACCACUAUUUCCAUCUCCACGUAUGUCGCCAUUCUAUUGUACUGGUUCUGCAUUUCAGCGCCAGUCUCCCUGUUUGGAGGACUCCUAGUGACCUGGGCCAAGGCUAUCCAAUAUCCUGUGAAAACCAAUCACAUUCCUAGGGAAAUCCCGGCUUGGACACUCCCCUCGUGGCUCUUAGUUCUUGGUGCUGGGAUGAUCCCGUUCGGCACACUUGUUACUGAACUCAUCUUCUUUCUGAGUAGCAUAUGGCUUCGUAGGUUCUACAGUUCGGGGACCCUCUGCAUUUGUCUUCUGUCCCUUGUUAGUCUCUGUGCUGAAACUUCCAUGAUCAUUAUUAUCGCAAUCUACAAGCUGAGGACUGGAAAUGGUGGUGGAAGUCUUUCUGUGCUUCCGGUUCGGCUUCCCUCUUUGUGUUCAUGUACUGCAUCAAUUACUUGGUUUCUGAUCCGAACGGUUUGAGCGGGCCUCCAUCAGUCACAGUUUAUGUCGGUUACUUGCUCAUCAUGGCGAUAGCAGCCCUGCUAUCAACUGGAAGCAUUGGUUUCCUCACUUCGUUAUACUUUGUGAAUGCUCUCUUCUCAUCAACAGAGAUCUGAGUAGAGUCGACUUUUUCCAAUUUCAUCCAUUGCUUGAGCUCCUUGCUUUGGGAAAUGCUGACAUCACCUCAAUCGAUAUAGUAACGUCCUACUUUAUUAUGUAUUGCCUGCCUGCCUUUGUCAUGUUUCACUGU